AUAGGAGGCGGGGACAGCGCGGGCCGCUGUGGACCCUCUCCGCGCCAGGAAAGCCCAAGCCCCGUGGCUGGCGAGAGACGCAGCGCGCGGCCAGGCGGUGACCCGGAGGACCGAGCCUCCCGGACGACCAGGAGCCGCCCAACAUGGCAUCGGAGAGCGGGAAGCUGUGGGGCGGCCGGUUUGUGGGCUCAGUGGACCCCAUCAUGGAGAAGUUCAACUCGUCCAUCACCUAUGACCGGCACCUCUGGGAGGUGGACGUGCAGGGCAGCAAGGCCUACAGUCGGGCCCUGGAGAAGGCGGGGCUCCUCACCAAGGCCGAGAUGGACCAGAUACUCCAGGGCCUGGACAAGGUAGCUGAGGAGUGGGCUCAGGGCACCUUCACCCUAAAUCCCAACGAUGAGGACAUCCAUACGGCCAAUGAGCGGCGUCUGAAGGAGCUCAUUGGGGAAACCGCAGGGAAGCUGCACACGGGACGCAGUCGCAAUGACCAGGUGGUCACCGACCUCAGGUUGUGGAUGCGGCAGGACUGCUCCACGCUCUCUGCCCUCCUCCGGGAGCUCAUCAGAACCAUGGUGGAUCGGGCAGAGGCGGAACGUGACAUCCUCUUCCCAGGGUACACGCACCUGCAGAGGGCGCAGCCCAUCCGCUGGAGCCACUGGAUCCUGAGCCAUGCUGUGGCGCUGACGAGAGACGCCGAGCGGCUGCGGGAGGUGCAGAAGCGGAUCAACGUCCUGCCCCUGGGGAGCGGGGCCAUCGCAGGCAACCCUCUGGGUGUGGACCGGGAGUUGCUCCAAGCAGCGCUGAACUUUGGGGCCAUCACUCUCAACAGCAUGGAUGCCACCAGCGCGCGAGACUUUGUGGCUGAGUUCCUGUUCUGGGCUUCGCUGUGCAUGACCCACCUCAGCAGGAUGGCCGAGGACCUCAUCCUCUACGGCACCAAGGAGUUCGGCUUCGUGCAGCUCUCAGAUGCCUACAGCACCGGAAGCAGCCUGAUGCCCCAGAAGAAAAACCCAGACAGCCUGGAGCUGAUCCGGAGCAAGGCGGGGCGCGUGUUUGGGCGGUGUGCUGGGCUCCUGAUGACCCUCAAGGGACUUCCGAGCACCUACAACAAGGACUUACAGGAGGACAAGGAAGCUGUGUUUGAAGUGUCCGACACCAUGAGCGCCGUCCUCCAGGUGGCCACUGGCGUCAUCUCUACGCUGCAGGUUCACCGUGAGAACAUGGCCCAGGCUCUUAGUCCUGACAUGCUGGCCACUGACCUGGCCUACUACCUAGUCCGCAAAGGGGUGCCGUUCCGCCAGGCCCACGAGGCCUCCGGGAAAGCCGUGUUCGUGGCUGAAACCAAGGGGGUCGCCCUCAACCAGCUGUCGCUGCAGGAGCUACAGACCAUCAGCCCCCUGUUCUCGGGCGACGUGAGCCACGUGUGGGACUACGGACACAGCGUGGAGCAGUACACGGCCCUCGGGGGCACCGCGCGCUCCAGUGUCGACUGGCAGAUCGGCCAGGUGCGAGCUCUCCUACGGGCACAGCAGGCCUAGAGCACCCCCGUGCCGCUCCCAAAUAAAGUGGGCCAAAGAGGAGGCCGUGUGUGUUUCCUG